AGAUUCCACUAGUUUAUUGUACAAAGUUUGGCGUUUGAAUUCCAAGUGUCGGCGUCGAAACGUUUGUGAUUUUUCCAUAAUUUUGACCGUAGUACAAGACGAAUUGAACUAAAGAAGUUUAAUUCCAAUAACUCGUGCUAAUCCGUUAAGAUUUAUAUACCAAACUUUGAAUAAUUCUAAAAACUAGCAUCAUAAAGUGGUCUAACCUCCAACCAUGGAUAUUCGACCAAAUAAUACAAUCUACAUCAACAACCUAAACGAGAAAAUCAAAAAAGAAGAACUGAAAAAAUCCUUAUACGCAAUAUUUUCCCAAUUUGGACAAAUAUUGGACAUCGUAGCCCUCAAAACCCUCAAAAUGCGGGGACAAGCUUUCGUGAUUUUCAAGGAAAUUCAAAGCUCGACCAACGCUUUACGUUCCAUGCAGGGAUUUCCAUUUUACGACAAACCAAUGCGAAUUCAAUACGCCAAAACAGAUUCUGACGUUAUUUCGAAAAUGAAGGGUACUUUCCAGGAAAGACCAAAGAAAAUCCGCCCUCCACCUUCCAAGGAAGAUGAAGCGCCUAAGAAAAAGAAGAAGAACAAGGAUCCCAACAGAAUUCCAGGAGGAAGUAAUGCUGAACAACCACCAAACCAAAUUCUUUUCCUUACGAAUCUACCUGAUGAGACAAGCGAGAUGAUGUUGUCUAUGCUAUUCAAUCAAUUCCCUGGAUUUAAGGAAGUGCGUCUUGUGCCAAAUAGACAUGAUAUUGCUUUUGUAGAGUUUGAAAAUGAGUUGCAAUCAGGGGCUGCAAAAGACGCUUUGCAAGGAUUUAAGAUUACACCCACGCAUGCCAUGAAAAUAUCCUUUGCAAAGAAAUAAGACUACAUAUGUUAUAUAAAUAAUUAUAAGAAAACAAUUUGGUCAUUUAUCAAUCAUUUUUGUAAUGGUUGAUAUGUAAGAUGAAUAACAAUUUUUCAGUUUUGUU